AUGAUAUGUGUUAUUGCAUCCAUCUGCAUUUUUAUUAUCCUUUUUAUUGUAGCACAGACUGAGCAGUUCUCUCAAAAAAAUGGAAAUAUCAAUGAAUUAAGAAGUAUGAUUGAUAAUAAAGAAUUAUAUGAUAAUUUAAUAGAAUUAGAAAGGCUAAUGAUACAGUCAUUAGAAUUAGAUGAAUUAAAACUACCAUUAUUAAAACCAGAAAUGAAGGUUCAUCUGAAUUUGUCUAAUUUUAAAAAUAUAAAAAUUACUGCUGGUUCAAAUAAAGGAUAUCAUUAUAUUAUACCUACAUCCAAAGUUAAUAUUGGAGAUAUGGUGGAAUACGAACAUAUAACAAAAAAACAGUUAAUAGAAUCGUAUAACUAUGAAAACUCUACUCUUAUUAAAAAAAAAAAUUUAGUUGUGAGAACCUUAAAAAUAAUAAAAUGUAUGUUAUUACCAAUGAUUUUUUACAAAAAUACAAAAAAAUUAAAAGGCUCAUUAAUACAAUUGAAUAAUCUCUUUUAUAGUUAUGUAAAUAUAAAGGAAACUCCCAGUUCAUCUUCUCAAGCAGAUUUUAGAACAUGGCUACAUAGAACUACUAAAUCGAACUCUAUAAAUACCAAAAAAAAUAUUUUUUUACAUAAUAUAUUAAAAAAUAUUAAUUCAAAUAUACUAAAGGAUAUAAUAAAUUCCAAUGAUUUAUUUUUUACUUCUCAUCCAAAUAUCUAUUUUAUGAAAAAAUUAGAUAAAUUAUCUAAUAAGUAUGACUUAGGAAUAUUUAAUUUAAUUGGUUCUCAUUUUAUAGCCUUAGGACAUUUUAUUAUUUUAAAAUUAGCAUUUAAACUCUUUUAUAAGUAUUUUGAAAUAGGAAGUAUAAAGUUUUUUAGUUGGCAAAAAAUUUUGCAAUUUAAUAUAUCAGAUAGAUUUAAAGCGCUAGAUUUAAUUUGUAAUGAGGGUACUAAUUAUGAGGCGGAUAUGAAAAGAAGAGAACAGUAUUUAAAAAUAGAUGGGACAUGGACCAUAGAGGAAUGUAGAAUAUUGGAAUUUUUAAUUCAUUAUUUUAAUAAAUAUCAAAUGGAAUUAUAUACUAAUGCAUAUCAAACAAAUUUAAAAAUUCAAAUUUUGUUAGAGCAUACCCAUUUAAAAGAAGAAUUUUUCAACUAUAUGUGUAAUAAAGAAAAAAAUUGUAAUGUCUAUGAUAGUGGUAAAUUUAGAAAUGAAUAUGGCAGAACUACACUUAAAAAAAAAGAUAAAUAUAAUUUUCCAGAAUACCAUGUUUCUGUACCAUCUAAGAUAAAUUCAUUCAACGUUUAUAUAAAUUUUCUGUACUUUAUAAAAUAUUAUAGUUAUUUUAGUUAUAAAGGUAUUUUAUAUACCCAUCUUUUAAAUCUUACUGGAAUUUUAACUGGUAAAAGUAAGGCAUAUGUAAGUUCUCUUUAUUUACCAGGGUAUUAUAAUGCUAUUCAGUUAUCAUUUGAUAAAAAAACUAGCCUUUUAGAGCUCUAUGAAAAUAUAUUAAAAUGUGUUAAAAAAUGUCAUAUGGGUGAUAGGAGAUAUGAAGUAUUAUCUUACAACAUAGAUUCUCUUUUAAAUUAUAAGAAAAAUGAUAAAAAUAUAUGUAAUAUGUGUGAAGGAACACUUUUUUAUAUUAGCAGUCAAACUGAAAACGAGCCUUCAAUGAUACAAAAAUUUUUUUCUUACGUUACCGAAGUUGUUAAAGUGAAAAAUAUAAAUAUAUUAAUAAAAAAUAUGAAUAUUUAUGAAGACUAUGAUAACUUUUUAGCACAUGAUAUAAAUUGGUAUACUUUUCUAUUACUAUUUAGGCUUACCUCGUACAAAGAUAUUAUUCAUAAUAAUAUAGCAAAAGCUAUGUAUUUAAGUUUAGCAAAAGAAGAUCAAUUUAAAAGGUCUAUUACGACAAGUUAUUGGUUUCCUUCACCAAUUAAAAAGUAUUAUUCUCAAUAUGUAAGAAAAUAUAAGUCUACAAGCUUAUUACAAAAGUUGGAAAGUUUCUUAAGUAAUGAUGUUAUUGAAAAAAUAAAGAAAUGUAUAACAUUCAUUGUCCAUUUACAAUCCUUUUUGCAGUUAGAUUUUUUUUAUUAUCUUAUUGAGACUAAUAUGAAUGAAUAUAUUUUCCCUUUAACUUUGUUAAUGGAAAGUAAGUUUAGAGAAUGGAUGAAAAGCUUUAAAUUAGGUCGUUUUUUUUUAGAUUAUGAUAACGAAGAUAUAGAAACUGAAAGAGGGGAAAAAAUAAGAAGAAAAUAUUAUGUAACACCUAAAUAUAGAAAAUGGAUUCUUAUAAUGAAAAAAAUUAUAGAUAAAUCAUAUGAAAUAUAUUUCAAUCAAAAAAACGUAAAGAACUUAUAUAAACAUCAUAAUAUUUACGGAAUAAAUAAUAAAAUAAUGUUAAUGAAAGAUUCUUAUGAAUUAUAUUCAAAGAAUUUUCAUGAUAUAAUUUUUUAUGCAGAUAUAUUUAAUUUAGAAAGCGAUGAUCUUUCACUUAUUCCCAAAAAAAAAUUAAAAAAAUUUUAUUUUUACUCGCAUUCUAUUAUGGGAAAUAGUGUAAAUUUUUAUAAAUUUGGAAUUAUAUACGGAUUUAUAAUAAAUAGGGAUUACUUAAAAAAAGUCGUCGAUAUACUAUUUUCAAUUUAUGAAGUAAAUAAAGACAUCUUUUCGGAUACAUCCUUUUUACAAACAGUUUAUUUACUUUUUAAAAAGAUUGAGAAAAGUUUUUAUUUACGUAGAAGAAAUAAUGAUAUAAGUAUGAAUAAUAUAUUUUUUUUUAAUGUUAGUAAUAAUUAUUCUAAAAUGAGCAAAAAAGAUAGAGAAAAAGAAAUUAAUGCUUCAAUGGCAUCUAAAUAUUUUGCAAAAACUUUAUUUGUUUCUUUUAAAAUGAUGUUUACUAUAAAAUUAAGUAGGUAUAUGGAUGAUCUUGAUAAAAAAUAUGGUUCUGACGAAUUUUUAAGAUUAAUAAUUGAUGAAGAUUCAUUCAUGAAUUAUUUUUACAUAUCUCAUGGAAGUAUGUUAGAUAGUUUAACAAAUAGUUUUUUACCAUAUUACGCAAAAAAAUCAAUAACUCAGUUAAAGUUUGGAAAAGCUUUUAUUUUAGCAAAUCUUCAUAAAUUGUGUUCUAAUAUAUUUUCAAUAUUAAAUUUAAAUAAUUUAAGUCUUUUACUUGAAUAUCAAGCAAUAAUUAGCUCUAAUUUUUAUGUUUCAAAAAAAAUGUAUCAGUUUGUUGAUAAAAAAAUGGAACUUGUAUGUAUGGCGUUUAUUGCUCAAAUGACUCCUGAAUAUCUAGAUUUUCUGAAAAAUUUGCCAGAAUACAUACAAAGUGGAAAUUCAGAAAAAAUUUACAAUAUAAAGGAUUUAAUUUCAUUUCCAUUAUCUUUACUCCCCAUUUCUUAUGCAGGAUUAUAUGAAGUAGGUAAUAUUUAUUUAAGAAAAAAAUUAUUUUUUGCUUCUGUUCCUUUUAACAAGUUACAAGUAGGAACAAAUAAGAAAUUAUAUUUUGCACCAUUGCAUAAUAAGAAAAAAGCUAUAGCUAUUACUUUUAAUUAUGUUGUGAGUUAUUUACAUGCAACUCUGUUUUGUUGGCUUUUUUAUCAUUUUUUUGGAUGGUAUUUUUAUUAUGAUUUCUCUAUUAUGGUACUUAGAAAUCGUGUUCGCGUAUUUGAUAGGUAUUAUUCCAUAUUUGAGAGUAGCAUUGGGAAUUUUCUUCUACAAAAUUUUAAUAGUUUUACUAUUGAUCCCAUACUAAAUGGAUUUAAAAAAGCUUACAUGCAUGUGAGAAGUAAAGAGCAAUACAAAGAUCUUUUUAAUUCUAGAAUUAAUAUAAGAGAAAUUAAUAGAUCAAAUAUAAAAAAUCUUGAGGAGCAAAUACAUAUGCUAACACCACAAGAAGUAGAAAAAUUGUCUAAAAAUGAAAAUUCUAUUUACAUAGAUGAUAACUUAUUUUUUGAACAAUUAGAUGAAAAUGAAGAAUUUUUAAAUAGAAGAAAAACCGUAUGUUAUGAAGAAAAAAGUAAAACUGAAGAAAUUGGAAAAAAGAAAUGUUCAAAAGAAAUUACAGAAGUAACGCAAAAUAAUCUAGAUGAAGAGCCAUUACAGAUAACAAAGAAAAAAUUACAACAUGAUUUUGAUGAGGAUAAUUUUUAUCCUAAGAUUUAUUGCACUGAAAUAUAA